AUGGAUCCUCAACAGAUGCCAAACGAGCAACAAGCAAGCAAUUCAAAGGACUCGAGCCCAGCUUCGACAAAUCCCCCACCGUCUACAGAUAAUUUACCAAUCACCGAGAUUUCUGUGUGUGAUGACAUAAAUGAAUCGAUAACGAGAAAAGACGAGAAAAGCUUUCAAUAUUUCCCGUGUCGCUUUUGUGGUCUAACUUUCAACUAUUUGAAUACAUUGAGAGCACAUGAGCGAGUUCACAAUGUUGAUGAGCCAUUCGUUUGCGGGAAAUGCGGUGAAUCGUUUCAUUUCGCUUGCGAGCUCGAGUAUCACAGUAUGCAACACUCGGAUGCAAACGGUUUCAAAUGUGAUUGCGGACGAACGUUUUUCUCAUACACUGAGUUGCUCUAUCAUCGACAUCCCGACGAAGAGCCGGCACCGAAAAGAGUCGAGGAAUCCUUCCGACCAGUCUCAGCAGUGGCCCUCAAUUUGCCGUCAACUUCAGCCAACGCAUCCACUCCAUUCCCAUCAUCCGAAGUCCCAUUUCCCACCUAUAAAACAGAGGGAUUUGAACCAAAACAUCCUUUGAAAGUCUACAAAGGUGACAUUCGCACAAAUCCAUACAUUUGCGAGUACUGUUCGAAGAGUUAUCCAGACUCGCGACAGCUCACCUAUCACAUGUACAGUCACCGAGGAGAGCGCAAUUUCAACCCUCGUUCCUCUCGUUAUUUGAUGGGUCGAACCGGUGUCGGUUACACUGAUCCACCAACGUUUCGCUAU